AUGAAGAAAUCGAAUUAUCAUUUAUGCGUGAAGAUAAUAGAGGCGAGACAUUUGCAACAAUUGGCUAAUUCAAUGGUAAUAGUCAAAUUGGGUAAGAAAAAGAAAAAAACUAAUGUACAGGAAGGUACGGAUUGUCCAAUUUAUAACGAGUAUUUUGUUUUCGAUUUUAUCGGGGACUUUGAAACAUUCCUUUCUACGAGGAUCACAAUAGCCGUAUACUUGAGAAACUAUUUACGACAAUUAAAGUUCUAUGGAAGUACUAUACUAGAUGUCGAGGCAGUAUGGGAACAACCAGAUCAUCAGUAUCACCACAAAUGGGCGAUGCUCACCGAUCCGAAAAGUUUAUCGAGCGAAGCCAAAGGAUACGUCAAGUGUAACAUAUCUGUAAAAGCAAGAGGUGAGAAAGUUCGAGUUUAUCCGGAAACGGAGGGUGAGGAUGAUAUAGAGAGCAAUUUAUUACUUCCUAUUGGCGGCGAAUCAUUGCUUUUCACUCAACGAGCUCAAUACAUUUUUACCGUGUAUCGUGCCGAUGGUUUACCGAAUAUGACGAGUCUUUGUAGUUUCGGUGAUACAGGAGGUAUAAAUCCUUACUUACAGAUAUCGUUUGCUGGAAUGAAGAAAAAUUUAUGGAAAGUCGAAGAAUACAUAUUGUUUGGUAUAGUCUACGACGUAUGCAUGAUCGAUCGACGUCGAUUCGGAAAAAAAUCAAUAGUCUUUGAAUUGAGUAUUGGUAAUGCCGGAAAUCGUAGAUUUUCACGUGAUCAAUGUGAUCUAGAAAAUGACAACGAGAACAACAGAACGGGCCUCAUACCAAGGAAACGUAAAGAUUUUCAAAGUCAAACUGUACGAAGAACAACAGGAACUUUUGACGGGAAAUACAAUUACUUGCCACUGGGAUCUAAAAAGCCUUGCAUCUAUGUCAGAUCUUGGUGGCCCAACUUCGAGCGUAGAAUGUUCAACAUUAACAAUCUUCGUUUCAUCGUUAAUUUCCUCGAGAUGAAACUCAAAGAAGUCGGAACUUUAACUGCCAUGAAAAAUCCUAAAGCAUAUGAGAUAUACAAUAAAGCUAUUCGAACAUUUAAGUACCAUUGCCAGCAUUAUUUGCAUACAUUGGACGAUGAUCGAUAUUACGAGGAGAUUAAUGGUAUGAUCAAAUUGGAUCGACAUCGAGCGAAUCUAUGCAGUAAGCAAAUCGACGAUAUUCUCCGGAGAAUCAAAAUAGACGGUGAAAUUCCUAACAACCAUUACAUCGAAAUAGCCAUGAUGCACGCUUAUCAAUAUUUGCGAGAAUUACGGGGACUUUGCGAGGACCCGCAAGAUGGUCUUCCACGUGUUUUCCUUUGGAUGCUGGCAGGUUCGAAACGCGUUGCUUACGUCGAAUUACCAGCCGAACGGAUUAUUUACUCUGAGGAGAGCCCAGAAAGAGGCGUGGAAUGUGGACAAUGUAUUAACGUCUUCCCGAAGAAUCCUAAGAAUGAUAUGGAGUCAGAAGAAACGAUCGAUCUUUGUGCUUGCAAAAUUGAACUCUUUAUCUGGCUUGGUAACGCUAAGUUCAUAGCCUCCUGUUGGAGCUCGAUACCUCCAGGCUAUAUAAUCUCGGACCGUGGGGAACCCAUCGACGUCUUUCCAAAGUAUUUUGAAUAUGAUCGAUCCUCGUCCUUUCAACUACGGGCACAUAUUUUUCAAGGACAAUUCGACCCUGGUAUGGAUGCAUCCGCAUUGUUAGAUCCGUUCGUAAAUGUUACGUUUCUUGGGCACACUUUGACGACAAGUGUCAUACGUCAAAGUUUGGAUCCGUUAUGGGACGAAAGUUUGAUAUUUCCGAUAGUUAAAAUUCAUGGGACUAAAGAAUACAUUAAAAUUAUGCCACCGAGAAUAGUUCUACAGAUCUUCGAUCGGGACAUCUGUGGUAUGAAAGAGUUUUGCGGAAGGUGCAUUGCCGUUCCAUUAGUUAAACUCUCCACAGAAACUUACUCACCACCAGAUUUCCUGCCGAAACUCGAAUGGUACAGAUUUCAAUCGAGGAAGGAUUAUACCGGUUCCAUUUUGGCUGCUUUCGAACUUGUCGAGAUGGAAGAAACGGAUAUGAUUGAUGUACGUUUGAAAGAAGAAAAAUGCAACAUACCACCGUAUAUUAGACCAAAAAUGGCGAGUUACAGGAUGGAGGUGAUUUUUUGGGGAGUACGAGAUAUAAAAAAUCUUCAUUACGUACCUGUGUAUAGACCAAGAAUAGUAAUUGAAUGUGCCGGUGUGGUUAUAAAGUCACAGGUCAUGGAAAAUGCUAAAGAAUUUAAUAAUUUUGAGGAUCCUCGUGUCAUGGUGAAUUUGGAGAUGCCAGAACUCAAGGAGUAUUAUCCGUGCAUGACUAUACGAGUAUACGACUCACGUGGAUUUGGAUGCUUCAAAUACGUUGGUAUCAGUAAUAUUCCCACAGUCUAUGUGUUUCUGGAACAAUUAAUAACUGAAGAAGAUUAUAGAGCACAAAUAUACGAAACGAAAUCAGAACGAAGAUUUCCUUGGAAAGCUAUUACCGUUAAACAGCUACCGUAUGUCUUAUCUGAUGAUUCUAUUCGAGAAGAACGUAAAGGUUUGAUCGAAUAUAAAAAAACAUCGAAGAAUGGAUUUCGUCGAAAAAUUUUUUAUCUCUUCGAACACGUGAAAAAGUUAUUGAAAUGGAAGAAGUUAAUCAAAAAGAAAAAAACGAAAAAGUAUGAUACGAUGAUAAUGGACGACAGUCUUGAUUGGUGGAGCAAAUAUUUCGCUUCCAUCGAGGGACAUAUUUCUAUAUAUCGUUGGCCUCAUCCAGAAAAUUUAUCAUGCAAAACGAGACACGGUAGGGAUGCUGUUAAUGGCAUCUGUGACGAUUACCCACCUCAGCAAUCAGUUAAACUUCUCGUCAGACUUUACGUGAUAAAAGGCAUCAAUUUACACCCGAAGGAUAUUUUAAGCGGUAAGUCCGAUCCUUAUCUAUGUAUAAGCCUAGGAAAAAUCUAUAUCAACGACAAGAAGAAUCAUAUACCUAAUCAACUUAAUCCUAUUUUCGGAAGAGUUUUCGAGUUGGAAGCAACCUUCCCUCAGGAUUACCUCCUCUCCAUUCAAGUCUGGGAUCACGAUGCGACUAGUACCGACGAUUUGAUCGGUGAAACUCAAAUCGAUAUCGAAAAUAGAUUCUAUAGUAGACAUCGCGCUAAGUGCGGCUUGGCGAAAACUUACGAAACAUCUGGCUAUAACAUUUGGAGAGAUCGCGAGAAACCAACACAAAUACUCGAUUUUCUUUGCAUGAAGAACAAUUUAUCGACACCUAUAUACGAUCGUGAAGAAGUUCGUAUUGGAAAACAUAGAUUUCCUUUUCGUAUGAUCGUCGACAAUGAUACAGACAGAGAAGAAUGCAUGGCUUUAAACGUGCUUCAUCAAUGGCAAGAUUUUCCUAUUUGCGGAUGCGCCCUGGUACCGGAGCACAUCGAAAGACGUCCACUUUUCAAUGCUACAAAACCCGGCCUCGAACAGGGUAGAUUGGAAGUUUGGGUCGACAUGUUUCCCGUUGGAAAUCUACCCCCAAGACCUGCGGUCAACAUCACUCCCCUUGAACCAGAGGAAUAUGAAAUUCGCGUGAUAGUUUGGAAUACCGAAGAUGUUCCAUUAAUGGAAAGUCAAUUUCUCACGGGAGAGAAAUCCUCGGAUAUAUAUGUUAAAGGUUGGAUACUUCAAGAGGACCGUCAGAAAACCGAUGUUCAUUAUAAUUCCUUAACUGGCGAAGGUAAUUUUAACUGGAGAUUCGUUUUCCGUCUGGUCUAUUCGAUGAGCGAAAACGUUAUGGUAGUUCGCAAGAAAUUAUCCAUUUUUGCGAAAAACGAAACGGAGGAGAAACUUCCUUGCAGACUACAUCUUGAAGUUUGGGACAGCGAUCACUUUUCUAAGGACGAUUUUCUUGGCGCACUGACGUUAAACUUGUCAAAGAUGCCACGAGGUAGCGCGAAUUCAAAAAGCUGUACAAUGAAAUUACUCGAGCCUAAAUUGCCAACGGUGAAUCUUUUCAAAGUGACACGUCUCAAAGCUUGGUGGCCCCUUGUACGAAGAACCGAGACCGUUAAUUACGUUCAAGCGGGUAAAAUAGAAAUGGAAUUGUCGAUUUUACGUGGAGUCGAGGCAAACGAGAGUCCAGUUGGUAAAGGAAGAAAUCCCCCCCAAGAACUUCCGCCGCCUAAGCGACCAGACACCUCUUAUUCGUGGUUUUUCAAUCCAUGGAAAGCUUUUCGUCACAUCGUUUUCCGUUAUUACAAAUGGAAGAUCCUAUUAUGCAUAAUAUGCAUUCUACUUGUGUUCCUAGUUGCAAGCGGAUUAUAUGCUUUCCCGGGAUAUUUUGUUAAACGUCUUUUGGGAGCAUGA